AUGUCUCACCACGGCCAAUACUCCGAUCCUCCUGCAACGCUUGGGCUCAACGUCUACGAAGAAGACGAAGUCCUCCAAUCAACGGAGUCCCUUGCCGGUGCUGAUGAUGCUAAUAUACACACCGACGUUCUUCGAGAGUUCGAAUCGGAGGCUCAAACAGUCUUGAAGAAGAACGACGAGGAAGCUCAACGGAUGAGUCUCAUGCUUGAGUCCAUCAAACUCUUCCAGAAGGAAAAUGAUUACUACCCGACCUCCGAAGAGAUUCUGGUAGACCUUGAAGAGAAACUCAAGAAUCGCUCUGAUGCUUGGAAGCUGGCGGUGUUGUUUGCCAAGCACUGCUAUGUAUUCGGGCUUGGACAUUCGGGGACUGGCCCCAUGCUGUCUCGACUUCUUGCCAUACAAGUCACCGGUCCCAACUCUUUCUCCAAAGAGAUUAUUGACCCCCUCUUGACCGGUGAUAACGUACAGGGCAGCUAUGGGAAUGUCAGCGACGCAGCCCCGGCUCCGGAGGUGGCUCAGGUGCAAGUGCUUGCUCCAGCAGAGUUCAUCAAGACUCGAGCUCAGAUUCCAAUGCUCGGGCAAUGUCAAGGUUACGUUGGAAGUCUUGAACACUUCGAAGGGCUCAAGGACGCAUACUACGCGUUCUCUAAUGGUGCCUCAGGCCUUGCCAACGAGGAGCUCGAGAUCAGGCAGGAUGCUCCUGCCCAACGAAGGUGUGUUCGGCAAUUGUUCGAAGCCAUCAUGGACAUGAGCAGCUCCAUCGAAGCCGCUGAUGAUGUCGGCACCAACCCUGGUCAAGAUGGGGAACCCGCAGCUGCCUCUGGCAAUGCCGUCGCUGCUGCACUGAGGCCUAGAAACAAACGUCGCAUCGGCGACAUCCUUGGUUCUCACGGCCUCACCAAUACUGAGAAGAUCGAGGGCCUGAUCGGCCGCAUGCUGUCCGACCUGGACAUCGAGGUUCUCUGCUGGGAGAUUCUGGAGGCUGCAAUCCGUGCCCAAGAGGGCCUGCACAAGGUGGCCCGGUGGCAGACGGAGCUCAUGAAGGACAAGUUCGCCUCCUUCGAGGCAAGGUGGAACUCCAUCUGCGAGGCUCUGAGGGCUCACAAGCUCAUCCUGCAGUCUCUGGGACAGAUCUCAUGGGUCGAGAGAGUGGCUGCCGCGCCUCACAAAGAGCAGGUGCGGAAAACCGCCAACAAGAAGUGUAACAUGGUCAAGACACUUCAGAACAAGGCCGGCGCCGACGCCAUCAAGACCAACACACGAAACGGUCAAUGGAGUAUCGACGAGCGCCUUGGUAUCACAGAUGCCACUGGAGCCACACUCUUCCAGAGCACCGUUCGUGGCAGCCGCGGCCUUGAGAAUAUCCGACCUUCCCAGACUCAGGCACCUGGACCGAAGCGCCGCAGGGGCGAGUAG